AUGCCUGCUAAUAGGAGGAGAAGGAGUGGGAAUGGUGCUGAUGACAUCGUAGAGGCUAUUCACCAGAUGGUGGAUGCGAUGCAGCGCAGCCUAGAACGGCGAUUGCACCAGUUAGGGUGCCAAAGGUGGAGGAUUUCUUACGUCACAAGCCAGCUGAGUUCACUAGCAAAGCCUCUCCCGAUGAAGCGGAUGCGUUGCUCCGUAAAUUAUUGGUGGGUGGGAAUGCAACAACAGAUGCAGACUCGGGACGAACAGGUAGAGUGGACUAGUUUCAGGACGUGGUUCCUGGAGAAAUACUUUCCUGACACAGCCAGGCAGGACAGAGAGGCAGAGUUCCUCGCAUUGCAGCAGAGUGAUAUGACAGUGCAGGAGUACGUGAACAAAUUUGAACAUCUAGCGAGGUACUACUCGACAGACAUUAGCGAGGAAUGGAGAUGCCUUAAGUUUGAGCGAGGACUCAAACAUGAGUUGAAGAAGGUGGUGACACCUUUGAGGGAGAGAAGAUUCCCAAUCCUAGUGGAGCAAGCCAAGAGUGAUGAGCACUUGGACAAAGGGCCUUGGUCCCGUUGUCUGACAUCAGAGGAAUGUCACGGAGGCUCGAUAGAUGAAGAAGCCUUACAGCCGUCCUCCUACCACCUCAGGAGAUUUUAA